UUUUAUUAUUUUAUUUGAUUAUUUUUAUUCGAAUUUAUUAACUCUUCCCCGUCUUAAUGAUGGAGUCUGUUUUUUCUGUCAUUCACUUGCUGCCAUAACUAUUUUCUACACUUACAGCUCGAUCUAUUCUAACUCGGAAUGAUCACCGAGCGAAUUUCUAUGCCACAGAAUCCCAAAUGCGAUCAUGUGGUAUGAUCGAUGAUCAGCACUUUGAAAAUUGAUAGCAAAAGUGAUUUGUUUUGCUACAAAUUAAUUCACUAAAGCGAUCAACAGGCGAAGGUGUUGUUGAACUCUAUGCGAUAAGAGAUCAAUGAUGUUGCUUCACCAUAAAACUCCUACCUCAGGCUCAUAUUCACAGUGCUGUUUUCAUAUUUUACUGGCUAUUCUUUUCUUUAUAAAAUUAAGGGGCUAAUCGUUUGAAGAAUUUUUCUUUCAAGUUUAAAAUUCAAAUUCGUUUAAUUAAAUUUUGAAAAGAUUUUUUUUUCUUACUGACAUAGAAUUCUAGAAUCUAGAAUUCUAGCAUAUUUAAAACUUAAAAAUUAUAUUUACUUUUAAAGACAUUGAAAAAAAGGAAUUAAAUCUAAUCUAAAAGAUUUCAAAAAUUACGACUUAUCUCUGAAUAGAUCACCAAGUCAUUCAAAUCUUGCUGACGAUUCGUGAGAUUAGUCUUGAGACAGUGACCUUUGCGUAUAUAAGCGGGGAUCAAGUGAUGCCAUUUGGGUUAGUUGUGAAGUGCAAGUGAUAGAGAAUAGGUGCCAAUAAGUGAUUAAUCGUAAAGUACCAUCGGACACGUGUUAAAAAAAAUGGUGAUGAAGUACUUCCUUCUCGCCGCUGUCCUUGCUGUGUACCAGCAAGGCUGCAUGUGCGAAAGUAAUCCUGCCAUUUGGGAUGCAGCUCAGAUGGGAAUGAACGCAAUUAACGUUGGUACCCACACAAUGACCAAUAUGGCUGGAGAUGCCUUCAACUAUAUCCCAAGCCCCAAGGAUAUUGCUCGCAUGAGCAAGGAGACUUUCCUUGGAAUGCCACCUCGUUUCAUCAUGGAAGGUGUCAACAUGUUCUGCUCCAUGGCCAUGCAGUUCGAUGUGAAUCUCGGACGCAAUGAGAGAUACAUGCCCAACAUCCAGAACAUGAGCUUUGUCUUCUACGACAAUGGUCGUCGUAUUCCUUUCCACUUUACUGAAUUGGAUAAGCUGACCCAGUAUCCUGGAUUCAAUAAGGAUAACAAGCUUGUUCUCUUCAUCACUGGUUGGCUCACCAAGGAAAAUACUGAGAAUGCCGCUGCUAGGGAACUUGCCAAGGCUUAUGCUUGCCGUGGAAAUCAUACUUUCAUUCAUCUGGAUACAGAAGAUUACCUCGAUAACCUUUACACCUGGUCUGCCCUUAACACCGAAGAAAUUGGACAACUUGUUGCUCCCUAUGUGGCUAAGUUGGUGGAUUAUGUUAACUUCAACGAAACACAUAUUAUUGGUCACAGUCUUGGUGCUCACGUUGCUGGAUCCAUCGGUCGUCACUUCAUCAAUGAGAAGAAGAAGCUCCUGCCCCGCAUUACUGGUCUUGACCCAGCUCGUCCAUGCUUCAACGAAGGUGAAGUCAUGACUAACCUUCAGCGCGGUGAUGCUGAAUUUGUCGACAUCAUCCACACCAAUAAUGGUGGUUUGGGCAAGAGGGAACCAAUUGGAGAUGCUGACUUCUACCCCAAUGGCAUGUCUGUCCUUAUGCCAGGAUGUCUUGGAAUUAUCUGCUCCCACUUGAGGGCCUACGAGUACUACACUGAAACUGUCUACCCAGAAAAUAGAAAUGGUUUCCAAGCUGUCCGUUGCAACUCCCUCCGUGGUGUCACCACAAGGAAAUGCAAGGGUGACCCCAUCCCAAUGGGAUAUGCCUGCCCACUUAAUGCAAAGGGUAACUUCUUCCUCGAAGUCAAUGCCCACGGACUCUAUGGACAGUAUUCCAAGAGUAACACAAAGUGCAACAAAUAAACAUGCCAGCAAAAAACGGGGUUGAAAUUUUAAAUUGGACUGAAAUUGUUAAUUAGAACAGCCAGCUCCUAAUUAGGGGAAACUUUGUAAAUGAAAAAAAAAUCCAUUCAGAAAAUUUAUUCAUCAACUUGGCAAAGAAUACCGCAAAAUAGUUUGAAAAAUAAAUAAAGAGUAAUUGAAAAAAAAA